AUGGGUCGAAGGUCAAAGAACAUUAACAAAAAUAACCAACCACAUACUCAAGUUGGUUCCUCUACGCAUCAACAAAACACUCAAAUACAAGUAACCGAGCCACCAAACAAACGUAAAAAGCGUAUUCUACCAGUUGAACAGGUCGUUCAAACUCAACAACCGAGGCAAUCAGUUUUUGAACGUCUUGGCACUAAAAUUUCAGGAACUGCGCCCAUACUAAGACAGCCCACAGUUAAGAAAGAUAUCAAAGAUCAUUUGUCUGAGAAUGAUACUCGUAAAUCAAAGAAACUUUCAGAAGUACGGAAGACUACUGAACAUGAACAGUUGGAAGGUGAGCCUAGACAACAAGAAUCAAUAAAACCAAAAGAGCGUCAACACGACGUUAAGAAUAAACCUGAGGGCGUCUCUAAGAGGAUUAUACCAAAUUCUAAGCCUAAUUCUAAUAUUAUCGCUAAAGAUGGAAAGCGAGAAGAAUCUAAACCAGGAAAUCCACUAUGGCGAAACUCAUAUAAGCAAAAAGAACAAAAGCAACCUGCAAAAAAAGAUGAAUUCAUAGACCCAAAGACUACUUCGUCUUUAAGUCCAACGGAGAUACAAGAAACAAAAGAAGAGGACAUAACAUCAUCUCAUGAGAUACCUCUUGUAGAUAUUUCAUUACAAUCUCCUAAAGUACACGACGUCCAAAAUACUGAACAACCUGUGAAUGACAUCAAAGAAACUGAAACACAGAAGAUAAAUGAGAAUGAUCAAAUAACGCCAGAAAACCUUGAAAAAAGUGUUGCUUCGUCCGAAUUUAUUGUGCAGCAGCAAAAUAAUGCUAUAUACGAACAUAUCUCUGGGUUGGCGCAAUCUGAUCAUGAAUCAGAUAUAGCAAAAGAAGAUGUCGUAUCGAUCCAAGCUGAUGACGAUUAUUUAAUAGGUAUUGAAGAUGAGGAUCAAGAAGACCCUUCACUAUCAGCCAAUAACGAACAACAGUUGAAUCAAAAUUUUGGUGAGUCACACGAAACGGGUCAGCCUCCUGCUUUACGAAAUAUCCCUCCUAAUCCUGAUUCAUAUAAAGAUCAAAGGAAAGACCAUGGAAGGAAUAAGGACAUUGAUAUAAUUAAAGACAUACCGUCAAGAAUGCGUAAUCGUACUGCAAAUUCUGAUGAUGGACGUACUUCUGAUAGGAGUUACGAGCGUCCUAGUCGGGAAACUUCCAUCCAACAAUGUCACGUAGACGAUCGCAGAACUCGACUAUACGAAAGAGACAUUCGUGAACGUGAAAGGGAGGAAAGAUAUAAUCGUGCAAUAGCUACCGACCGUGCACAUGAUGACAGGAUUUCCGAUCGGGAUAGACGAGAAAGGGAACGUCAAGACCGCUAUAACAAAAGUCUAUUGGAAGAUAAAGCACAUUUGGACGUUCCACGUCGAGAUCGUUUUCAACGUGAAGUUGAACGAGGUCGAAAUGAUCAUGGUAAUCGAACUCCUAAUGCUGAAACUUCUUCAAACAGCACCAUUCGAGGUGCAGCUAGUAUGUCACCAAGUGAAUCUGAUCGUGAUCGAAAACCUCCGAGUAGAACACGAUCACUUGAAAAAAUUAAGAGAGAAGGACCACGUGAUGAUCUUUCAUGGGAGCAUAGACAACCACAUCAAGAUUUCCAAAGGGACAGAAUUUCUCGUCAGCGUGAAGAUUUGUCUAAUAGAGAUCGUGAUUCAAGGAUUCGAGAUUUGUCAAAAGAAAAGGAUCUCUCAAGAGACAGAGUCGAACUUCCAAUGCAAGAUCGAGAUCCUAUGAAUUUCCGUAGAGGUGAUCAAAUGGAUGUUGCUUUUCGGCGUUUAGAUGAAAGGGUAUCAGUAUCUAACGUUCGUAGGCUCGGUGACCCCCGUAAUAAUACCGGCAUUCCUGAUAGGAACCAGAGAGACCCUCCACCUCGUGAUAGAGAAAAGGAUAGCCAUUACCAUCGUGAUCAAGCUUUGAGAUCGGAAUCAAUUCGUAGAGAAGAACGUCUGCCAAUCGUUCGCCCUAAGAAUGAAACUCAAAAUGACACAGUUUUUCAGGAUACUCGAGAUAGGGAACCGAGGCAACGAAGUGUCCAAUCCAAUGCACCGAUUGAGCAUGAUCAUCGUCCUGAUAAACGAAAACGAGAAGAAAUCGAUUCUAAUGAUCGUAAAGUUUAUUAUGAUAGGGAACAAAGGAGUGAUUCAAACUCUUUCAAUCAACGUAUUCCUGACUACCGUAUUAGGGAUAAAGAUAGGGAUCAACGUCAUCGUGAAGAUUAUCCUGCUAAAGUUGGAAUUAAUAGAGAUCAGGAUAGAGAUCGCAAAGAAGAACGAGUUUCACCAUUACACGAUCGUAACGUUGGUUUACCUGACCUUUAUCGGCCUUCAUCGGAACAUCAUUUAAAAGAACCCGAUCGCCGACCAAUCCGGGAGUAUGAAAGAGAUGUUGGCGGUGAUAGAUUCCGUGCCGAUUAUGACAGAGAAAUUCGAGAUCGACUUCGUGACGGUCACGAAAGUCCAAGUAAUUCCGUUGAGAAAACUGAUGCUCAUAAGCAUUUGUACGAUCGUCAUCAGAGAGAACCUGAAAAAAGGAUGGGACGUGAUGUAGAUGACGACUCAAUGUCUCGUGCAAAUAGACCUGAUCCUACGCGACGCGUUGAUACUGAGAGGUCGCCUUCUGCCAUGGACAACCAACGUGAUAAUACUCGGGAUUAUGCUCAAGAAAUACAUAUGCGUGAAGAUAAGAGUGGAGAUUCUCAAGCGAAGGAGUCGAAGAAAGCUCUGGACAAAGAAGAUGAGGAAUAUUUACCUCAUCCUUGGAUAAAAUGCAAGUCUAGUAAGAAUAAAGAUUAUUAUUUUAAUACACAAACUCGCGAGUCUCGAUGGAAUCAUCCUUUUCCUUUUGAACCCGAGAAUGGAAAGAGUUGUCAGACUCAGAGUGGUCAAACCGAUGGUAUUAAAACCAUCGGUUAUGACUCUCGUAAGGUCCAGAAUGAAUUUGAUAAUCCUCGCAAAAAGAUCCGCUUGAAUGAAAGCGGAGAUGGUACUGCUACAAAUACUGACAAUCGUAGCUUCCAAGAGAAUCCUCAAAUUGGAAAUGAGAAUAAAAUAUUAAAAACCAUCAACGAAAAUGAAACUUCCAAUAACGAUGUUUCUUUGAUCGUUGAUAAAGCGACAUAUCUUCCUUCAGAUUCAUCAUUCAGACUACCUCGUAACAACACUACUAACGAUACGGCUCUUUCGUUUUCACCUUCAAUACCACAAGCUCAAUCUUCUCCCGGAAUGACAUCUGUAUUCUCACCACCACAUCGUUCGAUUUCUUCCGGGUACAAUGAACGACGAUUUAGUGCCGAUUAUGGAAUACAAUCAAGUACACGAAGAGGAUCUUAUGCUGGGUCUCAGCCAAAAUCUCCUCUAAUGCCUUCCUCAAGGCCAAGCUCUAGUCCAUUUAAUCGAAGUGGGUCUGUUGACUUAUACGACCGGAACGAUGUCUUUCGCAAUGAAGAUUUUAUUUCUAACCGUUCGCUCGGAGACCCACGUAAUAUCACAAAUCCAAGCGGUAAUAACAAUAGCGGAAUGGGGACACCAACAUUUUCCGGAUCACCGAUUCGUUCUAAUCGACCUGGAAUGUAUAACUCGUUCGGGAUUGACCAAAACACUUCUCCGGGUAGCAGACGUUCUCGUGAAUUACCAUCUUUUUCACAGCAAUCUCCUACAUCACGAGCGAGGAAUGUUCUUGACGAAGAACGCCCGUUAUAUGGUGAAGAAGAACAAAAUACAGAGAUUAAAGAAUUACCCAUCAGCGAAGUUCACGUUCCUGAAAGAUCCGAAAUGGACAUAGAUGUUCAAAUGACAAAUAACGGACAAAAUGUUGAAACUGUUACCGAACAAAAUAUUGGCGAAGAAUCUGACGAAGAUACUUGGCGUUCAGAUAAUGAGCUUACCGAAUAUGGAGCGUCCGAAACUGAGCCAGUCUCAAUUUUCUUGUUCCGUCGUGCAGGUUCAAGGACGAACCAAGAUGGAGUCAAAAAGAAAUAUUUGAACUCAAGAAAAGAAUAUGAGAUGGUGAAAUCCAUUUAUGGUGGAAAGGGAAUGCACCGAUUUAAGCAUUCUUUUGCCACUGUGCAUCGGGGAAACGAGAUCUUCCCUUCAGUUGCCCGUGGUGGCGUCAAUAUUUAUGGAGAUGAAUAA